UUCAGUUUCUCAAUACUGAGCCGAGAAAAGGCUGCUGCCAUAAUCUCAACGCCGGCAAGCCAUCGUCAAGAGAGAAUUUCAAAGUCGAAAUGGGGAAGGCAUCUGUGGUUCUAAGUGUUUGAGUUAGGAGGUAUCGGACAACAAGAACCGAGAAAGCAGGUGAGAAGACAACAACUCCUGCCAUUGAAGAUUACGUUGAUAUUGGAGAAGAUUGAAGAUACAUUUUAAGAGUUUGUGAUGCAUUAUCAGUUGGGUUCUAGCUGAUUCGAGUAUACAGAGAUUUAUGAGAAGAUUGAGUGAAGAUUUGAUUAAGAGAAACCAGCCAAGAGAAUGAAUUGCUGCCUUUGAUAACAGGCAGUAUAUUAUGAAGAUUGAUGGUGAUUUGAUAUUCUGAAUGGUCUAGGAAAUUUGGGUUUGUUUUACAUUUGCAUUCUUAACAGGGAAGGAGAUUUUGAGAGCUUAAGAAUCUACAACAAGCUGAAGACUGUGUCAUCACCAAUACGCACAUGUAGUGCUUGACAAAAUGCAUGAAUCGCAGGUUAUGUUCUCAGGCAGGUCUGUUUCACGACCAAUUUCUCUGCCAAGAUUUCUUUGUUCUUGCCAGUGCUCUGCACCCAGGGGUUACCUUCCGGAAAAGUAUGGCUAUCGUGGCUGAGUUUAAAGACAGUUUGAAGACCAGGGCGAAUGAUGAAAGUUGUACAUUGUUUUGUGUUUUGAUUUGAGCCGAAUAUUCAGUGAACAAGGAGGUAUGUUGAUGUUGUUGCCGUUAAUAAUUGUGAUUGAAUGGGUCAACAACAAUUUGGUAUAUCAAGAUAUCUUCUGGCAGCUAGCCAUGGUUCUGUGUGUACCAUGGAUUAUGAGAGCACUUAAAAGCCAGUAGGGAAUCGAAGUUUGUAGCCGUGGGUCAGGUGGGUUGUACUCGGAAUUGGGUUCAGUUUUGAGCGACAAGUCAGGGAAAGAAGUGAGCUGGAUAUGAUUGAGACUUGUUUUAGAAUUGCAGAUAAAAAAGGAAAGUUGGUUGUCAUCCGAUUCGAAAUUGUAGGUCUUGGAGAAGGUAUAAAAGGGGCAAAACCUAAAGCUACAGAUCAUCAUCUCAUACCCCCUCUUCACGACUGCUCACAACCCUAGUUUUCAGCGAGCUUUGCUCGAUGAACAACUUCUGCAUAUCUCCACCUGCAUCUCUACCAGUUUUGCAUCUCCAUCCACCUGCAUCUUCACCAGCAUACACCAACAGCAUUAUACAUCACCUGUAUUAUCACCUUUGCAUCACAAUCUCACCAUCUUCUGCAUAUCCAUCUCCACAUGCAUACCACCUUCAUAUCACCUGCAUCCAUCUUCGCACCACCAGUUCCUACACCAUCAGUUUGCGACAUACUACUUCACCACCAACAGUCCAUUCCCACCUUGCAGUCGCAGCACAGCCAUCAUCAGAUAUUUGAGAAGGGGUCACUGUCAUACUACCACCAGUUCAUACAAUCAAAAAGAGAAGAAACUGGACCUGAACCUUACUCGUUGGUACCAACAGCAAGGAGCAGUAGCGCAACAUAGAAGAAGGCCAUUGGCAGUUUGGUGCUGUUGUGGUUUGAUUUCGAAUAUCUUUUGUUUUACAGAUUUCUUUCUCAUUGAUUUUUUAUUGCCAUGAACUCCAGUAGCUAAUUGCAUCUUGAUUAGGGACAACUUCAACGUCCGAACAUGAAUCCAAAUUGAUAUUUAAACUGCAUGUUUUCUUGCAAUCUAUCUUUUUAUUGUUCAUUCUCUACUGCGCCAAUAUUGCUUAUGUGAAUUGUUUAUAAAUCGUUUAAGUUGCAAAUUAAAUUGGUUUAUGGAUGAUUCUAAUGCUAGUUGAGACCUCUUCGACCCGUAAUUGUCUAGAGACUCUUAAUACAAGUAGCAAUAUAUGAAUAUUGAUGAUGGGACUUUGUUAAAUAUUCGUAUGUAUUGAAUGACACUAGUAGAUGAAUCAUUCUUUUGUAUUUGUCAUUAGGAAUAGCCUAUCUCACGGAACUUAAUGUAUUUGCUUAAGUCACACCUAGAAAGCGUACCUGUAGGAAACUUGAUGAGUAGAAUCCGGUAGUCGAGCGCUUCCGUUUCAGGUGAAUUAAGAGAUUGCGGAGUAUUUGAGCAUACUAAAUAUUCCAGGGUUGUUAAUAAUGGGUACUUUGCAGAAACAUAACUAUAUUGAUAAGAUUUUUGUUUUGUGACCGAGAAAGAAUCCUUGAUCAUUUAUCUUCAUAUUUGCAUUAUUCUUAUUCAGGAAUUGAAUUGGCAACUUAGACUCAACUCUCCCUUAGGAACGAACCUGCUUGUCAUUGUACUACUAGUUAGUGUAAGAGAAGUAAGGAAUUUAUUUUUGCGAGUUCGACACCUCGCCAAAAUUGGCGCCGCUGCCGGGAGCAGUCAGUAGUUUGAGUUGAUAUUUAAUUUUCUGUUUUUGCAUUUAGUUUCAUUCUUUGCAUUUACUAAUUUAUCUUUUUAGAAUUUAUUUUCAGGUACCAUAAAUCAUUCUUUUUGGUGUGUGCACAAUUGGGAACAAGAGUUUCUUGCAGAUGCCUAAUGAAUUCAUGGAUUUGCGACGUACAUGGAACCAGAUUAACUCAACUCCCAACGUGCCGAGUUUUGUACCAAGUGAAACAUAUGAUAGUGUAUUUAGACCCGUUCCGGAUCGUACUUAUGAUCUUUCACCCAUUCAACGGGAAGAGACGUGGUCUAAAGAACCUAUUGUGAGUAGUAGCGGAAAACAUGUUAACAUAAACAAACUCUUUAGACAAUAUGAGCGGUUGGAAGAAGAGGGAGCAACGGAAGAGACUCUUCAAGCAAAAACUAGGGCCAUACAUAUGGAGGUUAACCGCCGUGUUGAUAAUGGAAAAGAGCCCCAAGAAGAAGAUUCCGAGGAUGAUGAAUCUUUGGAAAAUGUUGAUAAUGAUAGUGCUACUAGCUCAACUCAUGAUUAUAAUGAUCAUUCUCCUAUUCAAAAGGAAGAAGUUGAGUCUAGAAACACUACCAUUAUUGAUGGUAAGACUUAUGUUGUGUAUGAGAGUGAUGAUGAUUAUGACUUCUUUGUGCACCGUACCCCAAAUUCAGAGAUAGUCGAUACUUUGAAUGAGAAGUCGAGUUGUGACGGAACACAUAAGGAUUACGACAAUUUGCUUAUGGAAGAUUCUGAUUUCUUUUCCGAUGAGGACUUGGAUAUAGAAGAAACUGAUGAAGAAUGGCUCGUAAAGAGUUUGAAUGAGAAUUAUAAUACUUGUGAUGUAGGAGUGUAGAUGGUGGAUUUUCGACAAAGGCUAAAUUCACAAACUCAUAAUUAUACGAAGCUCUGAUUCAGCAAUCAGACGCGAGUAUCGAGACACGGGUCUCUCAUCGAAUUCUCAACGGAGAGUA